ACCGCACUAAUUAAAUACCAUCUGGGUGGUUCCUCUGGGGUUUUGAGUCCAUCACCCAGUUCAGAUCGAGUCAGAGGCCAAGAAGGAGAACAUGAUGAUGGACCUUUUUGAAACUGGCUCCUAUUUCUUCUACUUGGACGGGGAAAAUGUUACUCUGCAGCCUUUAGAAGUGGCAGAGGGCUCCCCUUUAUAUCCAGGGAGUGAUGGUACCCUGUCCCCUUGCCAGGACCAACUGCCCCCGGAAGGCGGGAGCGACAGCAGCGGAGAGGAACAUGUACUGGCGCCCCCCGGCCUGCAGCCUCCCCACUGCCCUGGCCAAUGUCUGAUCUGGGCUUGCAAGACCUGUAAGAGAAAAUCUGCCCCCACCGACCGGCGGAAAGCAGCCACCCUGCGCGAGAGAAGGAGGCUAAAGAAAAUCAACGAGGCCUUCGAGGCACUGAAGCGGCGGACUGUGGCCAACCCCAACCAGAGGCUGCCUAAGGUGGAGAUUCUGCGGAGCGCCAUCAACUACAUUGAGCGGCUGCAGGACCUGCUGCACCGGCUGGAUCAGCAGGAGAAAAUGCAGGAGCUAGGAGUAGACCCCUACAGCUACAGACCCAAGCAAGAAAUUCUCGAGGGUGCGGAUUUCCUGCGCACCUGCAGCAACCAGUGGCCAAGUGUUUCGGAUCAUUCCAGGGGGCUGGUGAUAACCUCUAAGGAAGGAGGAGCGAGCGUUGAUUCGUCGGCCUCCAGCAGCCUUCGAUGCCUUUCUUCCAUCGUGGACAGCAUUUCGUCAGAGGAACGCAAACUCCCCUGCGUGGAAGAGGUAGUGGAGAAGUGACUCCGUGCUGGCGCCUGCGACAUUUUCCACGCAGCAGGAAGGCCCUCUUCUUCGCCUAAUCAUUUAGAUUAGGUCACACUGCAUUCAUAUUUAGGAAACCCAGACCCCAGAGUUUAUGAAAAGGAAGGAGACAUAUUCACAAAGAAACUGUUGUACAAACCCAAAUGGAAAGGCCUUUGGGCUUUUAUUAUUGGAACUGCGAGUGAUUUAGCUCUAGAACCUGCCCUUACUUUGUUUUUGUUUGGUUUUGUAAUAUGUUAACAUUUAUUAUGGUGAUCCUUUUGUGACAAAUGCAAAAGAAGUUCAUUCCUGUCUAAAGCAAAGUGGGAACGUUUAAUCUUAAUGGUAUUUAAUGUAUUUUUGUAAAUACUCCUAGUACUUUUAUUUUGUAUGUAAACUUAAGGAACCUAUUUUAAAUGCAGAAUGAUGGAUUGUAUAUAAAAUGUGUGGGGAUCUUGGUAUUGUAAUAUUAAAAAUAAGUUUCUAUA